UCAGUCUGCGCGGCGGGCCGGCCCCCGAAGGUCCAGGUCGCUUCGGGAGCAGGGAGUAGGGUAGGCGGGCUGCAGGAGUGAGUGGGUGAGGUGCGUGAUGGGGGAGGCGGCCGUGGCAGCGGAGCCUUGCCCGCUGCGCGAGGACAGCUUCACGCGCUUCUCGUCCCAGAGCAAUGUGUACGGGCUGGCGGGAGGCGCGGGCGGUCGCGGGGAGCUUCUGGCCGCCACCCUUAAAGGCAAGGUGCUGGGCUUCCGCUACCAAGACCUCCGACAGAAAAUCCGGCCUGUAGCUAAGGAGCUGCAGUUCAAUUACAUUCCCGUGGAUGCUGAGAUUGUCUCCAUCGACACCUUCAACAAGUCGCCCCCAAAGCGGGGCCUGGUUGUGGGGAUCACGUUUAUCAAGGAUUCAGGGGACAAAGGCAGCCCCUUCCUUAACAUUUACUGUGACUACGAGCCUGGCUCUGAAUACAACCUUGACUCCAUUGCCCAGAGCUGCCUGAACCUGGAACUGCAGUUCACGCCUUUCCAGCUAUGCCAUGCAGAGGUCCAGGUCGCAGAUCAGCUGGAGACCGUGUUUCUCCUAAGUGGGAAUGACCCGGCCAUUCACCUCUACAAGGAGAACGAGGGGCUGCACCAGUUUGAGGAACAGCCCGUGGAGAACUUCUUCCCAGAGCUCACGAACCUGACCAGUAGCGUCCUCUGGCUCGAUGUCCACAACCUCCCGGGCACGUCCCGGCGACUCUCGGCUCUUGGCUGUCAGAGUGGUUAUGUCCGUGUCGCCCACGUAGACCUGCGGAGUCGAGAGGUUUUGCAGACGUGGACAGUCCUGCAGGAAGGCCCCAUCUCCCGAGUGAUCGUGUUCAGCCUCUCGGCCCCUGCAGAGACCAAGGACAGGCCACCACGGGAAGAGUACAGCGUGCUCGUGGCCAGCAUGCUGGAGCCAGCAGUGGUGUAUCGGGACCUGCUGAGCCGAGGCCUCGAGGACCAGCUCCUCCUGCCUGGAAGCGACCAGUUUGACAGUGUCCUCUGUGGUCUGGUCACCGAUAUCGAUCUGGACGGGCAGCCAGAAGUCCUGGUGGCCACCUACGGACAGGAGCUGCUCUGUUACAAGUACAGUGGCCCUGAGCCCGGGUCGCCUGAGGCCGAGUGCGGAUUCCGCCUGCUGUGGCAACGGAGCUUCCCCAGCCCGCUGCUGGCCAUGGCCCACACGGACCUGACCGGGGACGGGCUGCAGGAGCUCGCUGUGGUCUCACUGAAGGGCAUGCACGUCCUGCAGCACAGCCUGAUCCAGGCCUCGGAGCUCGUCCUGACGCGGCUUCGGCAUCGAGCAGAGCAGAGGAGACGUCAGCGACAGAGGCUGGGGGACAGGGGGCGUCCGGGGCCUGCUGGGACCUCGGCCUCCUGAGCACCCCCCACUGCCCACCGCAGGCCUGGGGGACGUUCAUUAGGGUGCUCGCCUCUGGCCCUUCGUGGAGGAGGAGGCAUCGUGGAGCGGGCUCGCCGGGCCCCCAGGUUGGUGGAGCUGGGAUUUCCUGCCCCAACAUGCCCUGUGUCUCCAGCUAACACUGCUCUGUGCCUCAGACUCCCCAUUUGAAAAGGGGGUGAUCUCACCCAAACCCCCUUCUCCAGAUGAGAAUCGGCCGCAGAUUACUUAUAUGUCCAGAGGAACCAGA